GAAUCAUCAACGAGUGGAAUUCAUUGUCUCAGCACGUGAUAGAGUCUCCUUGCGUCAACUGUUUCAGUGGAAAGUUGGAUCAAUCGAGAGACCGUCAUUGCCAGGACUACCACAGGCCACCAAGCCUCCUGCCCUUUCCAAACUGAAAGUGAAAUUAGCUCGUGACGAAGUAACUGAACAUUGAAGUGGGAGCGUCAACCUAUGCGUUACCGGGAUGUCUUCACUGUCGUUUUUACCUCACUCUGUUUCUUCAGUUUCUGGACACAAAAGGAAGCAUGAAAAAAACCAUAAAAAAUCCUCAAAAAGAAUCAAGCGUAGUGAAGGGUCAGAUGAAGAGCAAGUGUAUACUGGGAAUGGAGCCGUUUACAAUGAUCAGAAUGAAGACACCAGAAGUCGAUCAUGCCCAUACCUGGAUACUAUUAGGAGGAACAUGCUGGAUUUUGACUUUGAGAAGCUGUGUUCCGUUUCUUUAUCUCACCUGAAUGUCUACGCCUGUCUAAUCUGUGGAAAGUACUUUCAGUAAUGCAUAUGGUUCCUGCCAACAAUUCAAAUGUGUACUAUUUGUUUUGCAGAUGAAAACUUCGGUAGCUCUUGGGCGUCUUGGCUCUUGAUAAAUAAACUAGCUUUUGACCCUGCUAAAUAUCGAACAACUUCGAAAACCUUAAUCUUGACUCCGAAAAAUUUCCUUAUUGUCCUGAUGCCGUUUUUUCUUACCGAGUUUAGACUGGCAAUCUCAAGAUUGUCCAUUGACUUUAUUGUAUCACUGUUUGCGACCACUUCAAUUUUGCAUAAACUGAAUUUGUUACCUUACUUGGAUUCCUGAAUUGUACAGAGAUUUGAGUUAAUAAUGUGUCAGUGUUCUACAGAUCUGUUGUUCGUAGAGACUUGGUGAAACAUUCCGGUAAGCUUUAACUGUGAUUGUAUUGACUGAAAAUAGAAAGACUUUCAUCCGUCCAAUGUAACUUAUAUUUCAACAAUACGUUUUCACACUUUUUGCCAUCGUUGUAUUGGAAAUACCGAUCUAGUUAGUUGAUAUUGACCGUGUGAUACCUUGGUGAUAUCACUAGCCUUUGCACUGUGACUCAGCUAUAUUUACCUGUGCUUGGUCAGUGGGUUAUAUUAGGUGCUUGCGCAGUCGUUAAGGCACUUGGCUUUCAAUCAAUGGGUCGUCGAUUCUAACCUCUCUCUGCCCACUUUACGUUGGGUAUUUUGGUGUCAUCACUAAGCCUCACACAAAAGUGUGGUUGAAAGUCUAGUGUAUGAACGUUUGCGUGUUUAAUAAGUUACGGUGUUUUGUUUUAUUAUGGCGGAACUGCAUGAUAGUUUAUUCGUCACAUCAAGUAAAUUGAACCAACAGCUCCGUAUGAUGAAUUGCAUUUGAACACAUUGGGAUUCUCAAUCAAUCAAAUUUAACCUAAUCAUUUCGUUUCUUAAAUUCGAAACGCACAGUUAUAAAUGGAAAUACUUAUCAUAAAUGUUUUAUAUCUUAGGGUCGUGGAAAUUCUACUCAUGCAUAUACCCACAGUGUUAGUGAAAGCCAUCACGUCUUCCUGAAUUUAGAAACUCGACGGUUUUAUUGCUUGCCCGAUGAUUAUGAAAUUUUAGAUGGGUCAUUGGAAGACAUUACCUACCUACUAAAUCCUACUUUCAGUACUCCCGAAAUACUUGCUUUGGAUAAUUAUUCGAAAAUGGUCAGAGCAUACAAUGGUCUUACAUAUUAUCCUGGGGUUGUGGGUCUCAAUAAUAUCAAGGCUAAUGAUUAUUGCAACGUCAUAUUACAAAUGCUCAGUCAUAUCAGUCCAUUGCGAAAUUAUUUCUUAGAUAUCAAAAACUUUGAGAACCUACCUUCUGUCUCUGGAGAUCAAAUGAUGCUUUUGGUCCAAAGAUUUAGUGAACUUAUUCGAAAACUGUGGAAUCCUCGAAACUUCAAAACCCACGUUUCACCUCAUGAAUUCUUACAGGCAGUUGUGCUGUGCAGUAAAAAGCGUUUCCAAAUCACUGAACAAGGCGAUGCCAUUGAAUUCCUUUCAUGGUUGGUUAAUGCAAUAGAUAAAGCUUUAAGGAUUAAAAAAAUUCCCUGUCCCAGAGGCGCAGUUAAUAAAACCUAUAAAAGCAUUGUUUCAUCAACUUUACGAGGAAAAAUGAGAAUGUACAGUCGGAAAAUCAUGCCUGUAAACAUGACGGAUGAAGAAAAGGCUUCUCUAGCAGACAGUCCUGAAUACAUGACUUCAAUAUCAGACAUAAAUUUCUUCUAUCUUACGUGUGACUUACCCCCACCUCCACUAUAUCUAGAUGAAUUUAAGGAAAACAUCAUUCCACAAGUUUCAUUAGCUACACUACUUUCGAAAUUUAACGGAGUUACGGAAAAGGAAUACAAGACUCAUCGUGAUUCUACGUUGCGUCGAUUUGAGCUUCGUCGACUACCUCCUUACUUAAUUCUUUACAUGAAGAGGUUUGUUAAAAACAUCUUUACAUUGGAGAAGAAUCCAACGAUAGUUAACUUCCCCAUUAGAAGUAUUGAUUUCGGUGAAUUGUUGGCCCCCGAAUUUCGAGCUAAACAUCGGCAUACUACUUACGACUUGAUAGCCAAUAUUGUGCAUGAUGGUCCCCCAACUCCUGGCUCCGGUACGCAUCGUAUCCACUUAGUACAUCGUGGUACUGGAAAAUGGUUCGAGCUACAAGACUUGCAUGUUAGCGAAGUCUUGCCACAGAUGAUACCGCUUAGUGAAACUCUUAUUCAGGUUUGGGCUGUGAAUAAGUCUAUACCUAAUCCAAGCUUUGUAGAGCCUGUAAAAGUAAUAGAUGAGGAGAUUGGUGAAGAAACUAAGCCAGAGGUUAAAACUGAUGAAAACGAGGAGUGUGAAGAAAUUAAGAAGGAAGAGACUAUGGAUACAGACAAUAAUAAACCACAAGACUGAUUCCUGUCACUUUUUAUCGACUUUACCAAUAAUAUAAAUUACUGAUAAAUA